AUGAGCGCGCCAGGGAUAACAUAUUCCGGUGUGCUUGCUGAGAAGGGUGCCAACAGCAGUACAGAUGUCGGCGCGGGGGUUUUUCGAGGGCUCAAAUUCUGGGUUACAGCCCGUGUCCCUCACCGAAAAGCCUGCGUUGACACUAUAGAGAAAAAUGGUGGCACCGUAAUUCUUAAAGAAGGAAAUGCCGAUUUACUUAUUUGCGACCCUGCAAAGCAGCCUGUGCCUGGUUCAUACUCAUAUCAACUCGUCUCAGAUGCCAUUAAAGAGGGUUCCCUCGACUCGAAAGAUAAUUACUUAUGCGAGUCGCUAGCGGCUAGUUCUGGUAUCUCUAAUAAGCCAGCCCCCAAAACCAAGCUCACCAGGGUCGCUUUCACAGAGGACGAUGAUAGCAUCUUGACCAAGUAUGUCCUAGAAAUGGAGCGUUUGGGAUAUUCUACUUCUGGUAAUGAAAUAUACAGGCAAUUUGCGGAGGAACACACGCGGCAUACCUGGCAAUCGUGGCGAGACCGGUGGGCUAAGAAGUUAAAAAACCUCCCCCAUCCAUCGUUUUCAGACAGAGACCAAUCGCCAAAAGUAAAAACGGCAGCAGUAGCUCCGAGUCAGGGUGUUACUGCUAGCAGCAGCCCUGUUGCUAGAUCGAGGGCUCGGUUCACCACUGAAGAAGACGAGAUCCUCCUGGAAACUAUCCAUCAUGCGAUUGAAAACCAUGAAGCUUGGAAUGGGUACCCACCAUAUAAGCGACUAGCUAGUGAGCUCCCUCAACGCACAUAUUCAUCGUGGCGAGACCGCGCCUUGAAUCACGUAGCAAGGCAAUAUAAGGAUCAGAUCGCACAAUGGGAAUUCGAGGCUGGAUUCUCCCCAAGUGACAAUGCAGAUCCACCUGUCGAUGGCGUUGACAGCCAAGGAACUCCAACAACCGAGAACAAGUCAGAAGUCACAGUCCAGUCAAGCGGGAAUUUACUAUUAGAAGCUGCUGGUUCGCCCAAAGAAACUGAUCCUCACAAGAGCGUGGGUGUGAAUGGUAGUUUGCAAGAUCGGAACGCAGCAUCAUCCGCUAUCCAUGGACUCAGAUCUCCCGAAACAUCUACAGGUUUAAAGCACACACUUAGAAGCGAGGCAUUAAGUUAUUCGGCUUCGUCCCCAAUACUAAGGCCCCCCGAAUCCAUAGAGGAUAGCCUAAUUACAACGGAAGGCCAAUUCUAUCGCGAUUACAAUACUUUCCUAGACACUGUUGGUAUUGCAGAGAGGCAGAUUCCUACUAUUCGAGGCAAAGCUAUAUCUCUCUGGGGCCUUUGGCAGUCAGUCCGCUCGAAAAAGGUCGAGAUUACGGAACUUGACUGGCAACAAAUUGCCGAGGACUUAGGCUUUGAUUGGGUUUCAAUGGAAACAGUUCCCGAGGAGCUUCAACAAUGCUAUGAAGAACAUCUUGCGCCCUUCGCAGAUGCUGUGAUGAAUUUCAACGACUCCAGUGAAGAUGAAGAAGUGAUUGAAGGAGAUGCUGACGUAGAAACCGAUGCCCUCUUACCAUCUUCACCCCCAGUUCUCCCAUCUCUGAAACGGUCUUUUCCUCCCUCAAGCUCGGCGUUUGUCUUACAGACCUCACCAAAAAGGAGAAGAAUAGAUCGCACACAUGAGAUACCGUCAACUCCCGAGCAUGAGGAAAGGAUGCGGAACUUGAGAUCAUCAAUCGGCCCUAGUAACACACCCACGAAGUCCCGACUUGGCCAUUCUAUUGUUACUGAGCCAGCUAUGGAGAGACAGGCACAAUCGAGCGCCCGAGACGCUGGCGAAAUUACUGAUAGACUAGGGCACACACAAGGGCAAAAACGACAGGUAGAACCAGAAACACAGGAUUUUCGAUUUGGUCCCGAUACUCAAGCGCAUUCGCAUGGCGAAGGUCCAGACGAUGCUGGCAGUGAUUCUGAUAGAGACACAACGCCGUCACAGCAACUUCGUUUAGAAUCUGAUAGCGCGUCCCCCAAGAUAAAACAAAAUAACCCAAUUUUAACCUCACCUGGCCAGGGAAUUGUCCAAUUCACCCCGGCACCGAACCACAAAAUUCGGGUCCCCUUCCAGUUGGAUGACUCAGAUGAGGACGUUGUACAGCGGAGUAAUAAGGAGAGCGGGAAUACAUGUACAUCACUUCCUACCGAGCAGGCACAACCGAAGCGGCGAACCUUACCUUCAUCCUUUCUAUCCAAAUCCCCUGGCAGCCUAGCGACUCUACACAAUGAUCAAACAUCAUCUGCUCCAGUUCCCGAAACCGAACCGCGCCGGAGACCCUCCCCCCCUCAAGAGACGCCCGAUGACAUUAUUGAUCGUUUUGUCUCGUUGGGAUACGGAAAGGAUAUCGUUCUUCGUUCCUUGAAGGCGACAAGCUGGAUCAUAGGCAACGCAGGUCAAGUCAUGGAGAUGCUGAAGCAAGGAGAGCCGCUACCCCCGAGGACUACUGGAGUCUGGACACAACGCGACGACGAUUCGCUCGCGCUAGUAUAUUCGAAAGCCCCGCCUUCCACCGCAAAGGAGGAAAAGAAGCAACAGAAGGAAAUGAAACGACUGCAGGCAAAACAUGGGGCCGAGCAAAUUGCACUACGCAAACAAUAUCUGCUAGAUGAAUUACCGGAGUAA